AUGAGUUACCGCCUGGAUCUACAAGUCGAUGUGCUCAGAUUGCUGGGCAUUUUCCCGCCGGCCAACGGUAGCAACGCGACGGCCAUGAUCGCGUUCAACAUCUAUCGGGUGAUGUUCUUCGCCGUUGUGGGCAUCGUGACGUUGUCGAUGACCGUCCAAAUAUUCGCGGCCCCCGACUUGUCGGUAUUGGCUCGGACCGUGGACAUGUGGACCAUGAGCUUUACCGGUUUGUACAAAUGGGCAUGCAUGACGUGGUGCAGCGACAGGUACGCCGAGUUUCAAUCCGCCCUGUUGACCAUUGGCGACCAAGGCACCAAGGCCUAUUGCCAGUCUUCCAGGCUAUUUGUGGCCAAGCGCAUGAAAUCCACGCGAUGCGUCACCGUCGUUUAUCUGAUCACAGGCAUUGCGUUGUCUGCUUUCUUGAUCGUCAGUCCGCUGAUCACCUAUUCUAAAGGCGAUCGAUCGGAUUUUGCCUACUUCAACGACCCCAAAAGCUAUCCGCUUAGCUGUUGGAUGCCGUUUACUAUUAACAACUACACUCUGUUCUAUUCCAUGUUCACACUUAAGUCGGCAGUACUGUUUAUCGCGGUCAACUUAUACUUGAGCAUAGACACGUUCGUGUUCGGCGCUAUUUACGCUAUAGGAGGCCAAAUUGAAUUACUCAAUGCUUCACUGAACAACGUGUUCAAUGACUUAACAAUUGAUGAUAGUGGUUCAAUCACAAGGUUUGGAAGUGAAAAAAAUAAGAUGUGGCAUUCGAGGCUUUGCGAAUGCAUCAAGUUUCAUACAAUGAUACUCGACUACAUAAGUAAAUUGGAAGCCAUGUUUCGCAGUCUAUUGCUGGCCGAUUAUUUACACGCGAUAGCUUCUGUGACGUUUGCAAUGUUUCAGACGACGGUAAGUAAUAGUCGCACAGAAGUCUAG